AGACGUAGGCGCCCUUGGACCAAAUUUUGAUAUGCCCGUCGAUAUCUCACUGGACCACCUCACCACAACAUUGGUAUUUCAACAUCAACCCCUGCGGAGCAUUCGUUACUAUCAAGAUCCAGUCCGACUUACUCGAGAAAACAUCUGGGACGCAUUAAGUCAGGUAGUGCCUUAGAUUGUAGGUGGGCAGUGGGGACUAGUAUAUACUACCUGAUAACAUCAUGAUGGGGCUGUGUUGAUGGUUGUGGGCCCGGGCUUGAUAUCGGUUUGCUGUUCAUUCAAGUGUCCGUUGGUCUAAAUGAACGGGGUAUAUUUCCUGUGGAGUUAUGCAGGCGUAUAACCCUUUCUUUAAAGAAUAGCCAGUCCACAGUAACCUGGUCAUCGUACAGUGCGGAUUCUGUCAUGUCGUCAUGUACGCCGCCCAAGUAGGUCUCAUGUUUGCGAACUAUAGAAUCACACAGCUCAUUGCUCUUGGGUACACUUUCAGCUUCGGACUAUUUGGGAUAUUGAUUGUGCAAACUUUUAUCUACUAUACGCGGUUUACUAAUGAUCCAAGAUGGCUGAAAUGCCUCGUCUGGCUCAUCUUUUUGAUGGAAUGUCUUGGAUCUGCUUUCACUCUUUAUGCGUUUUGGCUCGGAGCUAGUGUGCAUUGCCUUUCUUGUGCUAUAGAUGGAGGUUAUUAUAUCAAACCAGAUUGUGAAAUGGUUUUAUUUAGUGUAUGGUACUUGGUAUCCCUCUUCGUCCUUACGGGAUUGAUAUCAUCAUCAGUGCACGCCUUUUAUUGUUGGAGAAUUUGGGUGAUAGGAAGGUCACUGAUUGUUCCUAUUGUGGUCAUGUUGUUAUCCAUCACUCAAAGUUUCGUAGCCAUAUACGGGGCUUUUAGGGGAUUGAUGGGAGGUACUCCAUCGAAUAAUAUCGACUAUAUUUGGUUGGCUGGAAGUUGUUUGUGUGACCUUUUAAUUACAAUACAAACCACUCGGCUGCUCCUUCUCCAAAAAUCUGGGUCAGGUAUCAGCAAAACCAAGUCCAUCCUUGUCAAGCUGGUCAAACUGACCAUUGAAACCGGAAUGGUGACUGUCGCAGCUACCCUGCUAGAAUUACUUUUCGCUGUCGUUCUGUAUCGGUGGACCCAUAUCGCCCAUCUCAUCGUUUUCUUUUCUCUCUCCAAACUUUAUGCCAAUUGCAUGCUAGCCAAUCUCAAUUCCCGUCUGCUCAUGGCCAAGGACUCUGAGCAGGACCACGUUUCGUCUAUACAUUUCGAUGGUCACACACGACGUACUGCAACUCUAGUCCUGACUUAAAGUCGGCAGAGCGUAACAGCUCGGAGGCGUGCAUCAAUGUCAAACAUUGAAAUAGCCCUUACUCGACACGAUGUGAGCGGGCAAUCCCCUGGAGGAGCCAUCGAGAUACUCCCCUCCAUUGCUCACGAUACUCAGCAGUGGAAGCUGACAACUUUGCCUUGGGUAAAAUACCCCUGAGAAAUUAUUAAAUACAUCAAAUGAACCAUGUACUUACUUUACGGACUAUCCGCAAAUUUGCGAUUAAUACAGUUCACCUUAAUCACACU